AUGCUUCCCUUGUCGCUCUCUCAACCUUCGCUGCUUCACGCGAUUGUGGCGGUGUCGGCGCGAGACCUCCUUCAUCUUCAACCGGACAGGCACCGGUUGCUGCCUAUCUUCUAUCAUCAUUACCAACAGUUCGCCACCCUCUACAACCAGGAUCUGAUGCAGCCCCGGUCAGUCCUGACCGCCAACCUGAUGCACUCCACCGCCUUCCUGAUGAAUGUCCUGGUCGUCGCGGAUCCGGCCUCAACGCAAUCAACCUCAUGGGUCACGCGAACCGGGCAAGAGGACAUCGACCAAGCCUUCUCCUGGAUCAAGGUGCAGGCGAUCCACCAAUCGAUCCUGCACCCAUACAACUCCUGCCUCCCGCAGACCUUCUGGUACACGGAAUUCACACAGGACCGCCACACUGUGCAGGCCCCACAGGCAUCCCAAUUCCAACAGGAACCGCACCUCACCACCCACCUGGCGGAACUAUGCAACAUCCAACCCGCCGACACCACCGCCACCAACGUGUAUCUCUCCGCCUACAACAUCCUGCGUACUAUCGGUGAAACACCCGCCGUGAGCAAGCAUCUUGCCCCACAGCUGUUUGGCGUCUAUAUCCGGUUCUUCGUCGAGAUGGAAUCACCCUUCGUGCAGCUCCUCCACCGGAAGGAUGAAGUGGCUCUGCUGCUCCUCGCCGUCUGGCUGACUCAAAUGCGGAAAUUGGAUCUCUGGUGGAUGCGCGACCGGGCGCGGAACGAAUGCCGCUCGAUUUGCGGGAUGCUGUUGCGCAGUGAGGAUUGGCGCAUUCGCGCGCUGGCGGAGUGUCUGGCAGAACAAUCAUUAAGUUUGUGA